GCUGUAACUAUAUAUAAUGAAGAGGAAGACGGACAGAAACAGAAAUGGCUGAUAAGUGGGAUCUGUGUCUGCUGGGACUGAUCGUUCUCUCUUCACUUCUCACAGGAACCAGUGGAGUGCAUGUGUUCAUCAGUUCUGGUGUAAAUGUCUCUCUGUCCUGUAAUAAUGAUCUUUCUGACUGCAAAUCAACAUCAUGGAUCUACUAUAACAGCUUCAGAGAUUCAUGGAGAGUUGAACUGAUUACUGGAGGGAUAAAGAAUAAAGACACAGAGAGACAUGAGAGACUGAGUCUGGAGUCUGACUGCUCUCUGAACAUCAAGAACGUCACAGGAGAAGAUUAUGGAUUAUACAGAUGCAGACAAUAUGUGAAUGGAGAACAACAAGGAACUGAUGCACAUGUUUCUCUGCAUGUUCUUCAUGUUUCAGUGUCUUCAUCAUCAUCAUCAGCUUCAUCAUCAUCUUCAUCCUCACAGACUGAGAUCAGUCCAGGCCGCUCUGUGACUCUCUCCUGUCAGUUGUAUUCAUAUACUGGAUUCUUCUGUGAUGAUCGGGUUCGUUCAGAGGGAUUUGAGCUGUUGUGGGUGAAUCAGACUGGUGUUGAUCUGAAGACAGACUCCAGAUAUCAGAUAUUAUCAUCAUCAUCAUCAUCAUCAUCUCCAGAUCACUGUAUCCUCACUCUGACUACAACACUCCUGAAUGAAGAUGACAACAGAGAGUGGAGAUGUCAGCUUAUUCGCAGAGAUCAACUCAAGACCUCAGUCACAUACACUGUCAAGUAUUCAGCUCAAGCUGAUUCAACGACAGCAGUGAAUCCAGUCCACAUCACACACUCUCAGGAUCCCUCAACUAUAAACACACACGUUUCUAAAGCUCAAGCUGAUUCAACGACAGCAGUGAAUCCAGUCCACAUCACACACUCUCAGGAUCCCUCAACUAUAAACACACACGUUUCUAAAGCUGAUCCAGCAUCAGAAACUGCUGGAUUAUUAUACAGAGUGAUUGUGAGUAUUGUUGAGAUCGCAGUGUUUGCUGCUCCUACUGUGAUUCUUCUUCAGAUCAUCUGUGCAAGAAGAGCUGGGAGGAAGGACUCGAAGCGCCCGGAGGAAAUAGAGAUGCCCACAAUAUUACAAUAAAACACGGAUGAGUUCAGAAUCUGCAGCAAUAUUUACAAUAGCAGAAAC